AUGGACGUUAUUGAGCUUGCCGGCAUGCUCAACUGCAAAGCAUCGCCAACCCCUGCUGACACCAAGCCCAAGGCCUCCAGCGAUGAUGGCGAGCCCUUUUCAGAUCCCUCAUGGUAUAGGAGCAUGGCGGGCGCCCUCCAGUAUCUGACGAUUACAAGACCGGACAUCGCGUACGCCAUGCAGCAAGUCUGCUUGCACAUGCACGCUCCCCGGACCAGCCACGCCAAUCUCCUCAAGCGGGUUCUGCGUUAUGUCAAGGGCACAGCUACACUCGGCCUUCACCUGAACGGUUGCGCACACCCGUUCCUCACUGCCUACACCGAUGCGGACUGGGCAGGGUGCCCGGACACUCGUCGGUCGACGUCGGGGUUCUGCGUGUUCUUGGGCGAGGCUUUGGUGUCUUGGUCCAGCAAGCGUCAGACCGCCGUGUCCCGCUCAAGCGCUAAAUGUACUUGGCUCAGGCAUCUUCUUAGUGAGCUCCACUGCGGCAUCUCCAAGGCAACGGUGGCCUACUGCGACAACAUCUCCAGCGUGUACAUGUCUCGCAACCCUGUCCAUCACAGGCGCACGAAGCACAUUGAGCUGGAUAUUCACUUUGUGCGGGAGAAGGUCACACUCGGAGAGCUUCGUGUUCUGCAGAUUCCCAGUGGCCGGCAGUUCGCGGACAUCUUCACGAAAGGAUUACCGACGGCUCUCUUCGAAGACUUCCGUUCCCCAUUCUCCCCUUGCCAUGAUCUGCACAAGAUUGGAACGGAGCUGCAGACUAGAGAUGAACUGGAGGUCAGGCCUCUGAAGACCUCUCUGCACCAGCACCACGCCAACAUCUGA